AUGGAGGCUUUCCUCCCUAAUGAUCCCUACUGGAGGGAGCGCAUCUCUUCGGAGAUGGCCGAAGGGAUUGACACUUUGCAAUCCCUAUACUCGCGUUCGGAUAGGUCGUUUUCCUACGGUCCUUCUUCAAACGCAGCGAGUGGGUCUCGUCGUACUGCUCGACGAGACCAAGGGCAUCAACAAUCAGCUGGGCACGAGGCUCCCAGCUGUCCCACACCGGUGGAUAGCCACGCCAGCGGACGAGGUAACUCGUCCGGACGCCAUUCACAUCGCGGUGGUUCAAAAUACGCUCCACUAGGAAGCAUUGACCACCGCUUGAGUCCAACAAAGGAUGUGGUGGCGGCGGGAACACCUGAUCCGGCUAGAGAGUCGGAUCAAGUUGAUGUUCAGAGCUGCAACCGUCUAACGGAACAGUUGCGAGAUGACCUGGCUCAUGAACGAUCUCGGCGUUAUGGGCUUGAGGAUCUUGUACGGGAUAAUUAUAAUUCCCUAACGCGCGAUCGUCCAAACGAUCGUGCCGCUUUGCGUUCGCGCAACUUGAGAACGAACGUCGCUUCGCUAGUUGACCAGACUGGCUCGUUGAAACGGGAUUACUCGAAGGUGGUCUCGGCCCUCGACCGUGAAGGUGUUUUUCGCAUCUUGAAACGGGCUCGUACUGAUAGUACGGGCGGAGAAGACCAACGUAAAACGUAG